AUGGACAACAUCUCUUCCUUUUCCUCUUUCUCUCUCACGGCUCUGAAUGACACCAGCUGGUCCAGCAGGGUCACUGUAUUUUCAUUUGCCCUGCCUGGCUUUUUUCUGACCAUUUUUGUCAACACAGUCUUGAUUUUCAUAAUUGUUUUAGAGAAAGUUCUCCACCAGCCUAUGUAUAUUUUUGUGUGCAAUUUGUGUAUAAAUGGAUUAUACGGGGCCACGGGACUGUAUCCACCCCUGCUGUAUUAUUUAUUAAAUGAAACCGAUGUUAUCACUAUGGAAGGAUGUGCCAUCCAAAGCUUUGCCAUUUUCACCUAUGCAAUAGGUGAGUUCACUAAUUUGUGCGUUAUGGCGUUCGAUAGAUACUUAGCAAUCUGCAGACCUCUGUACUACCAUACUGUCAUGACGACCAUCAUGGUUUGGAGGCUGCUGACUUUCAUUUGGAUGUUUCCCUGCUGCACUGCAAUACUGAUGAUACUGAUGACGCUCAGGUUUCCCAUGUGCAUGAACCAGAUAAACAAACUGUACUGUGAAAACUGGGUCUUGGAGAGACUUGCCUGCAGGGUGGACACUGUUCAGUUUGUAGUCAAUGGAAUAUUAACGUGCGUUGUUAAUGCUCUGGUAUGGUUUGUGUUUUUGUCUUAUAUAAACAUCCUAAUCGCUUGUAAGCGCUCUGUUCAAAACCACAAGAAGUUCAUGACGACAUGUCUGCCACAUUUGGUAGCCUUUUUGAAUUAUACGGUCUUGUCACUUUUUAAUAGCUUACAUGAGCGGUUUGCAACUAGCAGUCUGCCUCAGGGUUUUAAAAACUUGUUGUCGGUUUCCUUUGUGAUCAUUCCUCCUCUGGUUAAUCCUAUAAUAUAUGGAAUUGUACUAACUCCUAUAAGGACUAAAGCAAAAAAUGUAUUCCGAGGGUUAAGAUCUAAACAUACUGAUUAA